CCUUUCGGCUGGGCUCCGGGUCCUAUAAGGCGCUUGCUUGUUUAAGUACAGUCUCAUUUAGUUGGAGCUGCAGGGGAGUAAGGGAGAGGAGGGUAGGAAAGAAGAGAGCGGGAGAGCUCGAGGAAAAAGAGGGCUCUCUGUGCUGACACCAGGUUCGGACUGCGAGCAUCCUUCAGGACCGGGCUCGCGCUCUUGGAGAAGAGAGCGAGGCUGUGCUGGGAUUCGCUGGGAGACUGCUCAGUCCGCGUCGCUGGAGCUGGGAGAGCCCUGAGGGAAACCAAGGGAAGCGAGCAGCGCGUUUUACUAGAGAGAGCAGGAGUGAGGAGAGACGGCUGGAGCGCUUGGCGACAUGAGGACCUACUGGCUGCACAGCGUCUGGGUGCUGGGGUUCUUCCUGUCCCUCUUCUCAUUGCAAGUCUUGGCAUUUUGGAACCAGCCUCCUGCUGAAGUAAAUUUGUCUCCAAUCACAAUCCCAGGGACUGAAGAAACAAUGAGAAAGAAGGCAAAAGAGGAGGAAGGACUGCCCGUUCGCAGCGUGGAUUUUAACCGAGGCACGGACAACAUCACCGUGAGACAGGGGGACACGGCCAUCCUCAGGUGUGUGGUAGAAGACAAGAACUCAAAAGUGGCCUGGUUGAACCGCUCUGGCAUCAUCUUCGCUGGACAUGACAAGUGGUCUCUGGACCCUCGGGUUGAGCUGGAGAAGCGCCAUGCUCUGGAAUACAGCCUCCGAAUCCAGAAGGUGGAUGUCUAUGAUGAAGGAUCCUACACAUGCUCAGUUCAGACACAGCAUGAGCCCAAGACCUCCCAAGUUUACUUGAUCGUACAAGUUCCACCAAAGAUCUCCAACAUCUCCUCGGAUGUCACUGUGAAUGAGGGCAGCAAUGUAACCCUGGUCUGCAUGGCCAAUGGGCGCCCUGAACCUGUUAUCACCUGGAGACACCUUACACCACUAGGAAGAGAAUUUGAAGGAGAAGAAGAAUAUCUGGAGAUCCUAGGCAUCACCAGGGAACAGUCAGGCAAAUAUGAGUGCAAGGCUGCCAACGAGGUCUCCUCGGCGGAUGUCAAACAAGUCAAGGUCACUGUGAACUAUCCACCCACUAUCACGGAGUCGAAGAGCAACGAAGCCACCACAGGACGACAAGCUUCCCUCAAAUGUGAAGCCUCAGCGGUGCCUGCACCUGACUUUGAGUGGUACCGGGAUGACACCAGGAUAAACAGUGCAAAUGGCCUUGAGAUUAAGAGCACUGAGGGCCAGUCCUCCCUGACGGUGACCAAUGUCACUGAGGAACACUAUGGCAACUAUACCUGUGUGGCUGCCAACAAGCUCGGUGUCACCAAUGCCAGCCUAGUCCUUUUCAAGCGUGUUUUACCCACAGUCCCCCACCCCAUUCAAGAAAUUGGCACCACCGUGCACUUCAAGCCAAAAGGUGAAACCUCAGGACUUUGAUGUGGCUAAUGACAUCAGGACCCGGGUCGGUGAGAGGAAUCAACGGAUCCGUCAGUCUGGCCGUACCACUGUGGCUGCUGGCAGCGUCCCUGUUCUGCCUUCUCAGCAAAUGUUAAUAGAAUAAAAAUUUAAAAAUAAUUACAAAAACACACAAAAAUGCGUCACACAGAUACAGAGAGAGAGAGAAAGAGUGCAAGAUGGGGGGAGACUAUUGUUUCACAAGAUUGUGUGUUUAUAAAUGAAGGGGGAAUAUGAAAAAUGAAGAAAAUACAACACUAAAAACAGUUUUAAGAUCCUUCAAUAAAAAUCUGAGUAUAAUUUAGGGUGGGAAAGCUUCUCCCCGAAUAUGUGUCUAUCUUCUAAGCAAAUGACUGCUGUGUAAAGAUUCCAUCAUGCUAAGGACAUCUGAUGUUGUACAAAUGAGACUAUUCAAGAAGUACCAGGUGGCUAUUAAGUCCCCCCACACUUUAUCCUUCCUUCAUCCAUUUUCAUCUGUGGGGAAAAAGAAGGUCUUGCCUUUGGUGUUUAUAUUUCCAUAAUCUUUUUAUUCUGUUUUUCAUUUGAGCUGAUGUGUCGCCAUUUUGGACUAUCAACGGAAACCUGUGUUGAGCCUUUCUCAGGCUCCCCUGCCUGGAUCAUCUCUCUUAGCUUUUAAGAACAUACCUUUUCCCCAUCCAGUGUGUUCUAUCCCCUCAGCUCACCCAUUCCAAAUAUUCCCCUUUUCUCUACCCCCACCUCCCUUUUGCCCCAGCAACCCAGAACACGAGUCACGCCGCAAACUUUAGGAAGUACCAUUUUCAUCUUCUCCACUGUGCGCGUGCGUGUGCUCAAGUCUCUCGCUCUCACGUAGAUGUACAUGUGUGCGAGCGUGUAUGUGUCUUUCUCUAAAGCAUGCCAGGGGAAUGGUCCAUGUGUACAUAGACCCAUUGUGCUGUAGAUACUGUCCUGCACUGUAGUUGUGAGGUGCGGCUGUCACGAGUUGCUGGGGGGGACGGGCUGGGUGGGAGGCCAGGAGCAGAAUUCCUCCCCCUUUCAUGGCCGUCACAUGAUAUCCGUGUGCAUUCAAAACCAAGCUGUGCUCCUUUCGAGGGCAGGACCCCAUACCCCUCCUGGUCUCAUUUUCAGAACCCAGCUGGGAGUCACUCAGAAUAUCACUGUACAUGAAAGUGCCUACUAUCAAUGGGGUGAGCAGACAGGGAACAGACCCGUGGCCUGCAUAAUAUCACCUAGGGGAGGAAGAUGGUCGCUGAUUUCACUCUCAGUGUGCAAGCCUGGAGAAUCCAUCAGUUUCAUAGCUUUAUAAAGGCUGAGCCCCACUGCAAAAAGGAGCCGUGUGUAUUGAGCAAAUCUCCAGAGACAAGUGGGUAUCUGAAUGGUGGCCCCUCCCCCACCAAGGGAAGAGGAGCCCAAGGUGACCCUAAGCAGACCUGCUUUGUCCCUUCACUAAUCUUCAAGUAACACUGCAUUUGCUCCAUAAUGCCCUUAAUUGGAGAUUGUUGGUCCAAUAAAAUAUUGUGAAUGAGACAUAAAAUAGACCCGAGUCUUCUGUAGAGGCUGCUAAACUUCUAAUGCAAAGUAUUGGUCAUCACAAAUUAGGAAAUCCAGGCUUUGUUCUCCUUUAUGGAUUCUUAUCCUUGAGUUCAAGGCCAACGCUUUAUGGGCUUCCAGCCCCACUGCUGAUGCGCGUGGCACCAUUGCCCAUAGAGGCCAGUCAAUACCCCAAGCCAGGCCACUGGGGCACUGAUUGCACUCACCUUCCCUACUCUGUUUAGACUUAUCUCUGUGAGAGUCCUCUUCACACUAACACUGAAAGCUGAGCUAUUUGCUUAACCAUAAGGAAGGUCUGAGCAAUGUGGGAUGAGUCCAAGCAGCAGUAUGAGCAUUCCAAAGCCCGACAUCAUCACAUCGCCAACAGAGUUGGCCUAGGGGACAUCUUACAGGAAGGCUGCCUCUCUGCAUGUGGUGGGUUAUCUUUGCUAGAAAACCAGUGGCUACUUUCCCUUAAAACUGUAUAGAAGCAUCCAAAGUGAUUCACCUUGAGAAAGGAUGAAGGGUUAUUGCUGAGGUCAUAAUGUGAUGUUACCUUACAGAGCCAUGGCACAUCAAGUUUUCUAACCUUUGAAAUGGCUGUCACAUGAUACAAAAUGAAGGGAAAGAGGGAAGAAUAGGAAGAAAAGGAAGGAGGGAGGAAAGAAGAAGGGAAGGAAGGAGGGAGGAAGGGGUAGAGGAGGAAAGGGGGGAGGGAAGAAAAAAGGAAUUUGAGCAGAAUUUUAUAUUUCUUCUAGCAAUUACAUCACUUUAUAAAUCUGUCACAUCCUAGCUUCAUGGUUUGCAGUUUUGACAUGAUCCAGAGGACAGACAGGGUUCAGGAUGCAGAAAAGUAUUUAUGGAUGAUCAAGAGAUAGGAUGGGGAUUCCUAUCCAAGAGGGUAGCUAGUAAUACAUAGGGAAGGGGUGCCAUAUUCCAAUAUGAUACAUUGGCAAUCAAGGAUUCUCUAGAAGUUUAGUCCUCUUGUACUACAACUGAAGGAUAUGUGUUUGCCAUGUUCAGAGCCCUCCACAUCCUUAAGUAAAGUCUUAGAAGAGUACAUGCUGGCCUAGAUAGUGGGAAUAAGGAAAUGUGAGUUAAUUCCGCAUCAUUUAGUAUUAGUUUCCAAAAAUGGAUACCUGUGACAUAUCAUAAGCUUUGAUAAUGCACCUGGCCUUCAGGGUCCCCAUCCUAUUAUAAGGACAAGCUCUGGGGUUUUGUCAGAGGAAUAUCUCCUUUGGAAAGAAUUCCUGGUCAUUCCAAUACCAUAUAUUCUUUUUGUUUUAUUAUAAUGGCCCAUAGAGCGAACAGCUAACGAUUCUUUUACAAUGCGGUGUUUGCCCAUAACUCCAGCAAGAUCUGAGAUUCUUUUUAAGAAUGUCUCUCCUCUAUGGAGAAAACCUAAGUCUCAUCGUAGGCCGCAUAGGUUUUAGAAUGUUGCUACGUCACAUGCAGAACUGAGAAACUGUUCUUUGGAGCAAGAUUAGAAUCACUAUCAGGCCAGAUGGCCUACACCAAGAUGUCAUACAAUUGACAGAAAAAUCCAUCCACUGAUCUCACUUGUUGGUAAUCAAAGUACUGAAUACAAACAAGUGAUUGGAACAAAUAGGUAGCAUGGAGUGAAGGGGUUGCAUCCAUAAACCAGGAACACUCACGGAUUCCAUAUCCUUUGCAUACAAAGUGAAAGUUAUGCCAUUCAUAAGACAAAACUUUAGCCUCAGCUUUCAGUUUAAAAAGUAGAAAUUACCUUGACCUAGGGCAGGCCCCAAAGAAGGAUAGCUUUCCUGGAUUCUACAACUGCAGAACUGUCUGUUCUCCUUGCAGUUGGUGAUCAAAACAACUUUGCCUCGUGAGAGGCACAUUUUUCUUGUGACACUUAAAAUCACUUUCUCCCAAAACAAUGACAACUUAUGGAAAAGUAGAUGCGUUUUCUGUCUGGAAGGAUUUCCCCUUAGCUCUUGUGUUCUCUUCCAAGACAGACAAAUAUUUUUCCCCUUACCAUGAACUUUUUUGUUGUUUGUUUGUUAAAUUCAUUAGACAACUGAGGCUAUUCAAAGAGACCUUAUAACAAUACUCGUGAUUUUUUACGUUCUUGGAGGACCGAAACAAAAGUAUGUUUCUCCUCCAAAGAUGGACUUUACCUCCUCUGCCUACAGAAACUAAAUUCCUCAGCGUGAAACUGCUUUUUAAGUCCUUUCUUCUCAGCCCACAGUCACAGGGUCCUCUCUGAGAUGACUACCAUGUGACAUCUUUUAUUGGCUAGUCUUCCUAAAGUUUUAAUUUUGUUCUUUACAGGCUUUGGGUUCUUUGUGAAAAAAAAUUAUAUGUGUGUGUAUGUAUUGUUUUAGAUCUUAUCGUUACAAAUGAUAUAUUUACAACAAUGUAUGUAUUGUAGGAAAACUUUAGAAUGAUGGUUUAAACUUAAAAGGAAGAGAGAUAAUGAAUUUGGUUUAUUUUUUUAAAAAGUGCUAGGCUUCAUUUAGAAAAAUGUGGAUGCCUUUCUGCCCACUUUGUUACUUUUUGUUUAAAGGAAAUUUGCUUAAGAGACCACCUGCUAUAGGAUUAACCAUGUCCUCAUGUUUUUCUUUAUUCUCACAGAUUCUCAGCCUAGAUUUAGUCUUGGUUCCCCUGUAAACUGCCAGUUUGUAUAACAAUGUAAGAGCAGUGUUACAUUUGACCUAAAAAGCUAUUAAAACUCUGAAGACAAACACACCAGAAAAAAAUGUGAGAUAGACCCCAAGUUAAGAAACACAAACCUACUUUAGGAAAUCUUUCGUGCUUAAGUUAUUAAAAAUGUUUCUCCUCCAGAGACUUAGUCUGCCCAAGUGAUGUAAAUUCCCCAUUAUGGUUGACAUCAUAUCUGUAAACAUCUCACUAAAUGUAAAAUGAAGUUCGCAUUUACGUGCACACCGGUGGGGAGGAACGUAAACCCCCCUCGUUUGCAUUUAGCUCUGCUGCUCAAAUGUCACCAAGUGAACCUCAAGAAGGAAUUUGGUUUUGCUCCCAGUGUAUAGCACAUUCUUCUUGGUGAGGUGGCUGGCGUUAAGCUUAGGUUUAGAUUUAGCAUUCACGCCAGUGGAAUGUUUAUGGAUAUUGUAGAAAACUUAUUUUUAAAAUCCUGAUUUCUCGUCAGCGCAUUUGCAUACUGUGCUGAUUAAUAAAUUAGGCACCAAUCAUGUGUAAAUCAAUGUAAAUCACUAGUUUAUGUACAUAAUAUAAACUAUGUAAACUUCAUUUUUCAUGCAGAGCCCAAGUUCAGCUAAACCUAUAAAUCUUAAAGAAAAAGAAGUCAAAAUAAGAAGAACAAAACCCAAAGCUCUUUGUAGGUCAGUGGACUUAGAAGCAAGCCUGACAUGGUUACAAAUGUGUUGCCUUAGCCAAAGGAAGCAGACACUCAGAACACUUAGACGCUCUUCUAGCCAAGGUCAGCUGGCUUUCUUUGCUCCUUCUCCCUCAGUGGAGAUUCUCCAGCCUGACCCAACCAACCCUAGGCAAACGGAAAGAAAGAGGACUAGGAUAGCAGGGACUCCUGGGCCUGGGUUACUGGUUUCUUGCCAGCUAAUACAUAUUAUAUUGUGUCUUUAUUUAAAUCGCUCCAACAGAUUCACCAGUACUUACAUGAACAGAUUAUUACACACUCCCCAUUUUUUGGACUGUUUUACACUUAACCAGACUCAGCAAAUAUCUUUGUCAUCCUAAUUUGAAAUAUGUUAUAUCCUUGAGAAAUAUUUUGCUGAAUCUCCCUGUAUCAUUAUUAUCAUCAUCAUUAUUAUUAUUAUCAUCAUUAUCCCUGGCAGCCUUGUGGAUCUACAGGCCAAUGGAUUAAAAGUAAGGUACAAAGUCAUUUGAAUGAAAAUGUCACUCCCAGGUGUAUCUGCUGAUUUAACAGUGUCCCAUAGACCUUUACUUUAUUUAAUCAGAACGACUGACAGACUCAUCAAGAGAGAUGAUAUGAAUGUCAUACCAGACUAUUGUAGGAAGAGAUUUCACACUGAGGCUUACAUUCAUCUACCAAGGACAAAGGGCAUCUGUAACAUGAAAGGUGUAUCAGGAUUGGAGCCAAGAAAAUGGGGCUGUUGCUUUGGGUCUCGCCACACAAAAAGCUGUGAGAUGCUGACACAGGCAAGUUAAUUCCAGUUCCUGAGUUUUUAGUUUUCUCAUCUGGAAAGUCAAGAAUUCAAAGGACACUUCAUGGUCUCUCCCACCUCUAAACCUUCUGAUUCUGACUAUGAAUUAAAAUUCAUUAAAUGCUGCCACCCACGAAGAGCUAUUUGCUGGUCUCUGGUUUUCUCUAAACCCACCCCCCUCUGUCUCCACAACAUAGCACCUUCUAGAACCACAGGGGCUCUGGACCAGUUCUGUAUCUCUUUUCUGAGAAAAUUUCUUAGAGAUACAGAGGAAAGGCAUUUUCAUAUUAAAGCGAGGGCACCAAAAUAGCUGAGGUGGCUGCCUUGUUCGUAAUAUUGGGAAAUGUAACAGUUGAACUGUAGCCUAAUAGCCUUUCAUGGGUAGGAAAAUGGCCAGAUCGGGCAUUAUGUACGUAACAAAUGAGGAAGUUGCACAUGUGAGAGGAAAUAUCAGCUUUCUCUUAUCCUUGGCCAAGUGCUUCAUUAUGGUAAAUGUGUGUCACUGGGCGUUGUCAGCUGGUCCCAAGCAAGUUCAAAAAAGGCUGUUUUGUGAAAAACAGGCAAGAGAAGGGGUUUCUUACAGACGUUUCUUGAGACUUGACUAAUAAAUAGACUGUGAGAUUGACCAAGUGGUUACAGAGGGGCCUCUUUUUAUUUUUUUAUUUUUUUUAACAGCUUGAAUUGGUAUAGUUUAAAGCAGCCAUGAGUGAAACAGGACAAAAAAGCCUAUCUGGGAGGCAGGGUUAAAAGAGAGUGAGAGAUGUAAAAGCUAAAACCAAAUGUGAAAGUUAAGUUUCCGGAGCAGUAACGGAGGGAUUGUUCUGUUGGGCCACAUCCUGAGCCGACUCAGCGCAGGUCCACUUGUGAGUCCCACUCUGUCUUCACCAUUCAGCUCAACACCUUGUCCGGUCACCUUUUUUUCAUGAAUCUUCCCAAAGAGCACAAAGAAUAGGGCUCUCCUGGACACCGAGGAGCAGAGUUCACUCAUCACCACCUCCGGCGUUAGGUAUCACUGUUUAUAUGAGGAUGCGCAGUGGGUUUACGGUACUCUGGACACUCUGUAAGGGGAGAGAGACCCGCCCACCCAACACCUCCCCAGUCCCAUCGAUCCUUCCUAGGCACAGCUUUUUGGAUGGUGCUCGUGAGUCCACCCGACAGCUACAUUCUUCCCAACACAACCCCCCCUGUGUAAUAUCUAGGCACGGUAAAAAUCUGCUUCUUGCAAUUGAAGAAAAUCCACGGAGCUAGCUUCCUGGCGUACCACAGCAACCCUCGCCACCCGUCAGGAGCCUCUUUUGAACUCCCUUACCUAAGUCUUUGCUCUUCACCUGAGCAUGAACACGGUUCAUCCUGGUGAACUUCGGCCACGUUCUGCUCCAUAAGUAUUUGCUGGGGGGGGGGGGGGGGGGCUAAAGGGAGGAAAUAAAAAGGGGAGGGAAGGAUACCUCCCACUUCUCCCCAGCCCUGCUUCACCCUCCCUUUCCAUUUGCUCUCCUGGAGGUUGUAUAAAUCCUGUUCUUGGUUAGACGUCUCCUCAUUAACAGUGUUAUAUGCAUAUAAAUAUAUAUAUAAAAUAUAUUCCUUUUUUCCAGCCCUGUAGACAUGAACUGAUCUUCCCUUGACGAUAUAAAAACAUGGCCAUUUUCUGGUUCAGUUGAUUUGUCGCUCAAGUUACUUUAUUUUUGUUUAUUGGGUGGAUAUUUUUUCCCUGAAUACUAGCUCUGUGAAGGAAAGUAAAAAAGCGCAAUGUGUGUAAAAAAAAAUUAAAAUUAAAGAAAAGCUUUUUUUUUUCUUUUUAAAUGUAUUUAAAUUCUGGUUCUCUCUUCUGUUACUUUACACGUAUGAAUGCUCUGCUCUUCUGUGAUCUUAAAACAAAAUGAAAUAAACGUGAAAAGGAGA